AUGGUUACGGCAUAUCAGCCGCGGGCGCUGACAGCGAUUGCGACCCCGUCCCGCACGGCUUCGAGGCUUGGCCGCCCACCGACAGUAUUCAGUCCUCCCAGCACGCCGUCCGUGAGGCCAAGGGUUGUAGGUGCGCAGGGCUUGGGGUUGAGUAAUUUGGCGAUAUCAGGCGAGUCGACGGUGAAGGCUGGAGAUAAUGUCGUUGUUUCCGUGCGUGCGCGACCAGGACCAGAAGGAGCGGAGUGGGAUAUCGAUGGAGAGGAGAGAUGUGUACGACAUUUGGGGAGGUCUGCGGCUGUCGGGGAGUUCUUGUAUGACAACGUUUAUACUCCAGUAUCAACGACACAUGAGGUUUAUACCACCUCGAUUGCGCCAUUGGUGUUCCGGGUGAUGGAAGGAUACCACGGCACAGUCUUCGCAUACGGACAAACAGGCUCCGGAAAGACAUACAGUAUGCAAGGAAACCCUUCGUCACCCGGUAUCAUCCCUCUUGCCAUCGAUGAUAUCUUCGCAUACAUCCGCGACACUCCUGAUCGCGAGUUUCUGCUUCGCAUUUCAUACCUCGAAAUCUACAAUGAGCGACUACGAGAUUUGCUCGCUGACCCGUCAAGUGCGGCUAUCGAACCCAAGCUGAGAGAGGACCCGAAGAGAGGAAUCUACCCCUCCCCAUUACGAGAAGAGAUCGUCACCGACCCGACACAUAUCCUGCGCAUCCUGAAACAAGGAAAUGCAGCCCGCCGUACUGCUUCGACCGAAUUCAACGACCACAGUAGUAGAUCACAUGCGAUCAUCACCAUCGUCAUCGAAUCAAGAGAUCGACCAUCGACACCGGGUUACAGAUCACCAACCCGUGCGGGACCCAAGGGACGCGUGGUAGCUGCUGGUGGAGUCCGUGUAUCGACACUCAACCUCAUCGAUCUCGCGGGUUCAGAACGUGCGGCGGCGGAUGCGGAUCGGAGAAAGGAGGGAGCAUAUAUCAACAAGUCGUUGCUAACGUUGGGGACGGUGAUUGCGAGGUUGACGACACCGGCGACUACACCGGCUGAGAGGGCUGCGCAGGCGCAUAUCCCGUAUCGUGAUUCGAAGUUGACGAGGUUGUUGCAGCCGGCGUUAUCUGGGUCUGCGCUUAUCUCUAUUCUGGCGACGAUUAACCUGUCCAGCGAGGCGAGUUCGGAGACCAUAUCGACAUUGAAGUUUGCACAACGAGCAAAGAAUAUCGUAUCAAAAGCCAAACGAAAUGAGGAGGAAGACGAAGAUUCUGGUGACUCCCGCGCUCUUCUCCGACGGUACAAAUCCGAGAUUCUCGAUUUGCGUCAGAAACUCGAGGAACAAGCCCUUCGUUUACAAUCCGAGGGUGACAACAAGAAGGAGGAGAGGAGGGAGAGUGGGUGGGAGAGAGAGAAGGAGAGACACGAGAGGGAAAUGAUGGAGAUGCAGUUGGCACGGACGGCAUUGAAGGAGAGGAUUGAGCAUCUCACGAAACUGAUUCUGUCAUCGAAAUCUUCGGGCGUGUCGUCGGUGGGUCGGAUAUCCCUUGGCACCCCAGCAGCAGCUCUCACAGGCGACCCCGACCUCUCCUCCGCUCUUGCCGAAAAAGACAGCCAAAUCGCAUCCCUGGAAGCCCGACUCCGCUCCACAUCCGCAUCACUGGAACGCGCGACCUCCACAAUUACCCAGAAAGAUUUGGAAAUCGCGGAGUUGAGAAGUCAGUUGGAGGAUAAGGAUCAGAUCAUCAUGGCGUUGAGAAUGGCGAAGAAGAAGAGGGAGAUGGCGGAGUUUGGGAGGGUAGAGAGGUUGAUCGAGAUGGGGAGUCCGGUGAAUAGCCCUGGGAGGCCGGCGCCGGGGGUCGGGGAGAGGCAGGAUUGA